AUGUCCUUCUUGCGCUUAAGAUUUGUACCUGGCAAAUUAUAUCCUAAACAACUUACGUCUUAUACUACCCGUCCAUACCCAGUAGUAAAUAUCAGGAAGAUGUCUUCAGCAGCAGCACCAGCGGAGAAAUUUGAGUGGUUGGUUGUGUUACCUGAUAAUGAGGGGGCGUUGGAGAGAAGAGUUAGUGUUAGACCUAAGCAUUUUGAAGGUCUAAAGACCGGUCUUGAGUCUGGGUUCUGGAAGAUGGGCGGCGCCUUUCUCUCCGAGCCCCCCACCGGAGACUCUCCUUUGAAGUUCCAAGGAAGUUGCAUGAUCGCUCUUGCCAGCAGCAAGGAGGAAGUCAUUGAAGUAUUGAAGAAGGAUAUUUAUGCCGAAAAUGAUGUUUGGGAUUUCAGCAAGAUCCAAAUCUAUCCCUUCAAGUGUGCAUUCAGGAAGGAAAUGUAG